AGUUUCUGGUCAUCUUUAAAGUCACGCCUCACGCGCCCCUUCCUUAUUUUCUCAGUCUUCAUGCAUUAGGGUUUUUCGAUUUCAAUUCUUAGCAAAUUUCAACAACUCGUCUCCGCCUAUCGUUUUUAUUUUAUUCAAUUUAAUGUAUUCGUCCAGAGGGACGAAUGCCUACGGGCAGCAACCUUACGUUGGCCAAUCCGGAUACGCCCAAAAUUUGGGUGCUGGUUAUUCUAGUAGUUCUGUUGGAGGUCCUGAUGGGGGAGCUCAAAUGUCCUUGUCUUCUCGGCAUUCAUCAAUUUUAGGUAGUUCUCAAGAUACUGAAGUUGGUGGAUACAGAGCCCUUCCCUCAGUUUCAGCUCAUUAUGGGGGGCAAUAUAGCUCCAUAUAUGGCACAUCUGCUUUGAGUGCUACUCAGCAGGUUCCUGCUGCAAGUUCCAAAGGGGCUGGAGCAUCAGCUUUGGAAGCUCGUAAUGCUUAUGCCUCAGCUCUGCCAGAUUCACCAAAAUAUGCAUCUACUGACUAUGUUUCAUCUGCAAGUCACAGUUAUAGUCACAAAGGUGACCAAAUGUAUGCUGAGAAGAUUCCUGACUAUCCUACAGUGGAGAGAAGACAAUUUGGAGAACGGCAGGGUAGUUAUCUGGGGAGGGAUUUGUCUAGUGAGCCAACUGGAAGAUAUUCUGAUUCUGCUUUUUUUGGUCAUCAGCAUCAGCCUGACAUAUAUGAUCGUCUUGAUCAAGCUGUCUUGCUUCGACAAGAACAAUUGCUCAAAGCUCAAUCAGCCUCUCAUGAUAGUAGUUCAAGACAAGCUGAUUAUCUUGCAGCAAGGAGUGCUGCUGGUCGACAUUCCGCACAAGACCUUCUGUCUUACGGAGGAAGAAUAGAGGCCGAUCCCCGCAGUUUAUCUUUGCUUAGCUCUUCUUCUUCUUACGGUGGACAAACUCCUUCGAUAUUAGGGGCAGCUCCAAGGAGAAAUGUUGAUGAUAUGAUGUAUCCACCUAGUUCUGCAAAUCCUGGUUAUGGAGUGAGCCUACCACCUGGUAGAGAUUAUGGAACAAAGGGGCUUCAUGUGACAACCCUUGAGACUGAAUAUCCUGGUAGCACAUUGUCACGCAGUGGUCUUCCUAGGAUUGAUGAACGCAAGGACGAUAGGGCUGGUUACCUUAGGGAGUUUGAGAUGAGAGAGGAGGAGCGUCGUCGGGAGCAUUUGCGUGAAAGAGAGAAAGACAGAGAGAGGGAGAGGGAGAGGGAGCGAGAACGAGAACGAGAACGACUACGAGAACGGGAACGAGAACGUGAACGUUUGCGCAUCUUGGAGCGACGGGAGAAGGAAAGAGAGCGGGAGAAGGAGAGAGAACGAGAGCGCAAGCGUGCACUUGAAGUUACACGUGCAAGAACUCCACCAAGAGUUUCUAGGGACCACCGAGGUCCAUCUUUGACAAAAGAGGCUCGACCUGUGAAGCGAGAAUCCCCACGUCGUGAAGCUUCCCAUAGGCGCCUUUCACCUGUUAAAGAAAAAAGGAGAGAAUAUGUAAGCAAGGUAUAUACAUCCAACUUGAUAGAUGUAGAGAGAGGUUAUCUGUCAAUUGAUAAGCGAUAUCCAAGACUUUUUGUGUCUCCUGAAUUUUCAAAGGUUGUUAUAAACUGGCCAAAGGGGAACCUUAAGCUCUCUAUGCAUACUCAUGUCAGCUUUGAGCAUGAUUUCAUUGAAGAUAAUUUAGUUGAAUCCAAAGAACUUUCCAGCAAGCUUUUGCCUGUUGAGCCUGAAAAGCCAGAACAAGGAAGUACAGUGUGGAAUGCAAAGAUGAUGUUGAUGAGUGGAUUAAGCAGGAGUUCUUUGGAAGAGCUGUCAUCUGAAAAAAUCCCUGAUGACCGUAUACCUCAUAUUUGCAAUAUUCUAAGGUUUGCUGUUCUUAAAAAGGAUCAUUCUUUCAUGGCAAUUGGUGGACCUUGUGUUUCUGCUGAUGGCAGCAAUCCUGCUGGUGACGAGUUCUCUCUAACUCAAACAGCCCUUAGAUAUGCGCAGGAUGUAGUUAAUCUUGAUUUGCAGAAAUGUCAGCAUUGGAAUCGUUUCCUUGAGAUACAUUAUGACAGAGUUGGCAAGGAUGGACUGUUUAGCCAUAAAGAGGUUACCGUACUGUUUGUUCCAGAUUUAUCUGAAUGUCUCCCUUCACUUGAUGAAUGGCGAGCCCAAUGGUUAGCUCAUAGAAAAGCUGUUUCUGAGAGAGCCCAGCUGUCUUUGAAAAGAGAGAAAUCAAAGGAGAGGAAAGAAGGAUCAAAAGACAAGGAAGCAGAUAAUACAAAGCAAACUGAAAGAGGCAAAUCAGGAAAAAAGAUUAUGUCCAUGUCAUCUAGUGAUGGAGUAGUUGCCAACAAAAAGGAGAAGGAUGGCAAAUGUAUUGAAGGAGAUGGUUCUGAAGGAAAGGCUAGUGGGGGCGAAAAUAAAGUUCUGGUAAAAGAUGGCAGUGAAAUAACUGUGGAAGGAGGUCCUGAGAAAAAGGAAAGUGGAGAAGCUGCUACUGCUAAGACAGGUGUUGUGAAGUCCGUGAAGAAAAAGAUUAUAAAGAGGAUUGUCAAACAGAAGGUUGCUAAUAAGACAGCUGCAGAAGUAAAUACUGCUAGCAAACCGAGCAACAAGGUUGAAGAUGCUGGAGAGCAGAAUACUAAAUCAGAGAUUGGCAGUCAGCUGGAAGAAUCUUCUGCUGGUAGUGCAGGGAUUAAAACUUUUGCACGGAAGAAGGUUACAAAAAAGGAGGCAGUUGGUAAAACUGAUCAGGAUGAAGAUAAUGAUGUUCCCCUUGAGGCAAAAAUGGAGGUAGAAACGGGAUGCUCUGGAGAUAAACCAAAGGAUAAUUCUGAUGCCACUGCUGCAGCUGUAGAAAAUGCCACUGUGAAAACAACUUUAAAGAAGAAAAUUAUUAAGAGGGUGCCCAAAAGAAAGGUUUCUGCUACACAAGCUAAGGAUGAAGUAGCUGAAGUUAAGAAUGAUGGCGGUGAGGAUGAGAAAAAGGUUGUUUUAGCUGGAACUGAGACCUCAAAUAUAGGUAAGCAAACAGGUUCAGAAAAACAAGGUAAUGCUGCAAGUUCAAGUAAAUCAGAAUCCAAGCCUGAAAAGGAGAAUAAGAAGGACGAAAAGUUAACGAACACGGAGUCGCUGAAUGACAAGAAAAAGGUUAACACUAAGUAUACUUGUGAUGUCAAGGGGGGCAAAUUGAAAGAAGGGGAAAAGCCAAAAGAUGAGAAAGAGGAAAAAGAUGGUAAAGAUGAAUCCCGAAGUAAUACUAACAAAGAAUUGAAAGAAAAGAGGAAGCCUGAAGAGCCUUCUCUGAAGCAUCCUGGAUUGAUUCUACAAACAAAGUGGAGCAAGGAUUCUAAAUUGCGUCCGUUGUCACUUUCACUGGAUUCACUUUUGGAUUAUACAGACAAGGACAUUGAAGAAUCCACAUUUGAGCUUUCAUUAUUUGCUGAGGUGCUUUAUGAAAUGCUUCAGUAUCAAAUGGGUUGCCGUAUUUUGACAUUUCUCCAGAAACUGCGAGUAAGAUUUAUUACAAAAAGAAAUCAGCGUAAGAGGCAACGGGAAGAAAAAUCUGACAAGGAAACUGAGAAAACAUCGCCAACAAAAAGAUCGAAAAGCAAUGAGCUCCCUGUGAUGAAAAAUGAAUCUACUAAGUUGGACGCGUCAACUGCAACUCAGCAGGGGGAUGAAAUGAUUGUGACCAAGGAAGAAACUACCACAGAUCAAGUUGAGGAGCCAAAGAUGGCCAAUGAAGAAACUAAUGUUGAUCAUGUUGAGGAGCCGAAGAUAAAAGAUGAAAUAGAGGAAGAAGAUCCAGAGGAAGAUCCUGAAGAAUAUGAAGAAAUGGAGGAUGCAAGUCAACCCAAUUCCUCUAUUGAGAAAAAUGAAGAAGAGAAGGCACAAACGGAUGCUAAGCCUGAAAAGGGGUCUGAAAAGGAGGCUGAGAAGAUUGAAGCUAUGGCAUCUACCAAAUCUGAAAUAACCACAAAAGCUGCUAGUACAGAUGCUGGGCCUGAGGGAGAAAUGUCAAGAAAGGAGCAGAAAGUUGAUCCUAAUAAGAAGGUGCCUGCUAUUGAUAAGGAUUUGUUGCAGGCUUUCAGGUUUUUUGACCGGAAUCGAGUUGGCUACGUUAGGGUCGAAGAUAUGAGGUUGAUGAUUCAUAGCUUGGGAAAGUUUCUAUCUCAUAGGGAUGUCAAAGAACUAGUGCAAAGUGCAUUGUUAGAGAGCAACACAGAGGACGAUCACAUUCUUUACGAUAAGCUGGUUCGUAUGUCUGACAUAUAAAAGCCUUUGGGGUCCAAUAAGAUGUUAUAAUCUGUUUUGCGUCUAAUGAGGCAUGCCCAUUCAAGGUGCGACUCCUAGGAGCUAAACUUGAGUCACUGACGUUCAAAUAGAGGGUUUUAGCUUCUCUUAGUGUAUAAGCUAUUGGUAUAUGCAAGGGAUUGUUUGCUCAUGGCAUAUAUCAUGUCAAGAGAUUAGUCCAAUGUGGUCUGUGGUCUUAGGCCUUAGUGAAUGUUCUUAAUCUAUUUGUUUUCAUUUUCCUUAUUUGAAUUGAGAUCAACUGUAUUUUAGCCAAUAAUUGUUGGAUAUCUAUGGUGGUAUUCGGUCAAAA